UUGCAGAAUGCCGAACUGGGGAGGAGGCAGGAGGUGCGGGGUUUGCCAGAAGACCGUGUACUUCGCCGAGGAGGUUCAGUGUGAAGGCAACAGCUUCCACAAGUCCUGCUUCCUGUGCAUGGUCUGCAAGAAGAACCUGGACAGCACCACGGUGGCCGUGCACGGCGAGGAGAUCUACUGCCGGUCCUGCUACGGCAAGAAGUAUGGACCGAAGGGCUACGGCUACGGGCAGGGCGCGGGCACGCUGAGCAUGGACAAGGGGGAGGCCCUGGGCAUCAGGCCUGAGGGGGCCCCUGGCCACAAGCCCACCACCAACCCCAACGCCUCCAAGUUUGCCCAGAAGAUGGGGGGCUCCGAGCGCUGCCCCCGGUGCAGCCAGGCGGUCUAUGCUGCUGAGAAGGUGAUUGGCGCUGGGAAGUCCUGGCAUAAGUCCUGCUUCCGAUGUGCCAAGUGUGGCAAAGGCCUCGAGUCGACCACCCUGGCCGACAAGGAUGGCGAGAUUUACUGCAAAGGAUGCUACGCGAAAAACUUUGGGCCGAAGGGCUUUGGCUUCGGGCAGGGAGCGGGGGCCCUGGUCCACUCCGAGUGAGGCGGCGCCCACACCCGCCCUGUGCACCCGCUCGCCACUCCCUCCCCGCAGCCUCGGUGACCCCGGGACUCCUCGCUUAGCCCUGACACUUGUCACCAGGGGCUGGAACUUGGUGCCCAGUCCCCGUUGUUGGGGGGUCUGCCAGAGACCCAUCCUCUCGGGGGCUCCCCUGCCUGGUGCCACUCACCAGCUGGAGCCUUGGUGGGACAGCCCUCCCCCUACCCCCUGCCCCAUAAGCCUCUGUUCUUAGCCUCCGAGGCUGAAUGUCCACCAUCAGCCGGCCAAGACCCUGAGCCCACAUCUCCCAGGCCAGCAGGGAGGGAGGCGGGGCCAAGGCGGGCCAGGGAGGCUCAGGUGUCCUGGACCCCAGAGAUUCUCCUCUGUAGGAAAGAAGGUUGCUUUUUGGUGUCCCCAGAAUAGGCCUAGGGAGUCCCAGCUUGGGAGUCACGGUGGGGAACAGGCAGGCAUGUAGACAGGGUCGUGGACUGUCGCGGCCAGUUGCUUCUGGAGGCCCUGGCCUCGGAGGCUGUGGGGGACGGUGUCCUCCCCUCGGGAUGGGAGAACAGCCAGGUCUGAGAACCCCAGCACCGAGUCCCCUGGGACGGGGUCCUGAUGAAACACCCCAGCACGUACUCCUGUUCACCAGGGGCCCAAAUCGAGGGCAGCCCGCUCCGCCCUGGACCCGGAGCCCCGAGGUGGCAGUGGCAGCCCUGCUGUCCCCACACGGCCCGGGCCAGUUCUGUCCCUGCUCCGGCCACGCCUGCCUGACCCUCAGAGGCGGACGGGGACACCGCGUUGGUCUCCCCGGACGCCCCUCCGCUCCCACCCCACGCUGCCCAGGGACCUUCCUGGCCACGUCACCCCUCCCUUCCAGGCCCCCAGCAGCAGCAGCAGGAGCGAGGCCGAGGGGCCUGGUGGCUCCCCCCUCACCUGAAGGGCUGUAGGCACGGGCUGUAUUCAAGCUGAUCCCUCACCUGGUCAAUAAAAGCGGUUAGAACAGA